AAGAGGCACCCCUCGCCGUCACCCACAAUGGGAUGAAGUCGCGGUAAGUCGUUGUUUCGUUUGCCUUAUCGCGCGACGCAACAUUCGCGAUUAACGCGCGCCUCGCGUCAUCGUCAUCGUCACCACCACCGCUGCCGCCGCCUCUGUCAUCGUCGUAGUCGGCCGCAUCGCAAACGCGUCUCGCGCCAGCGACUCGACAGUUCACAGGAGAUACCCGGGGUGUUGUCAGACGCUCUCACCGAGGGUGGGCGGUGUCAGGUUAGGUUCCCGUCCAAGGAGUAACGAGAAGUAACCGCCAAGCUGGCGAGCCUAACGAGCUGCGUGUCGACGAUGAUGGAUGACGAGGAGCAGGAGGAGCUCCGUUGCACCGGCAGCGACGUCGAGAUCGAGGAGUAUACCGACACCGAGGAGUCGCCAUAUGUCGCUUAUCAGGCCGGUGGCGAUAAGCUGUUUGAUACGGAUCGUGAAAAUUGGCAGCAACUCCGUUUCCUGGCCACCCUCCUGUCCGUCGCGGUAUCAGUUACCGUACUCGUUAUCAGCUAUCCGCUUUAUCUCGAGAGCGUCGCCGCUGUCUCCAGCGCUUAUACAGGACUUCUUUUCACUGCCCUGUGCUCCGCCUGCAUUUUGGGAUUAGUGUACUUCGCCGUGGACAGGGUGUCACCACCACCGCCGUUAAUACCGAACAGCAUGCGGAUCAAGAUACCCCGCUGCGGUCUGAUCAAAAUAAGCACUCUGUACGCCCUCUCGGGAAUCCUGAUUACUUUGUCCCUCGACCGGAAUAGGGUGCUGUGCCAUUUGCAGGAUCCAAUAAAGGGCAUCACCCUCGUCUUCUCUCUCGUCUACUACUUCUUUUUUUGUCGGAAAAUGAUGAGCUUGCAGCGAAUAUUCUCGAGCACGACUAUAAUAGUGGGUCUAUUCAUAAGCGUCGAUUAUGGUCUCUGCGACGAAUUCCGUUGUCGGGGAAGGGAGGUUUCUUCCCACACGACAGCCGCCAUGAGGGGAACCUGGGGUGCUCGAGCGGUUUGGACGUUCGUUUACGUGGGCGCUCUUGCCGCCUUCGCCAUGUUCUUCACCAUGCUCGAACGCCAUUACACCACCGGGCAACAGAAUGUGUGCCAGAUGUUGACGACGCAGCACAGCUCUUUUCUAUAUACGGUAUCCCGUCUGGUGUCCUCACGCGAUAUUCGCCGUCGUGGCUCCGAGGAGGAGGGCGGCCGACUGCUGCACGUGACCGAUCCGGAUCCCACGAUAAAGCCGAAAAGCUACCCCAAGCCACCGGUGAUGCAAACCCUUUUUUACAUACACGUCAUUACUUUCUUCGCCAUUCUGACGCUCUGCUGGCUCGACACUUUGCCCGGCAUCGGCAGGGGUCUAUCACCCGUAGAACUUUAUCGUACCGUCGAGCGCGGACUGAUAUGCCACUUUAAAGGUGGCAAUCUGUGCACGAACGUUUCCAGCCACGGAUGGACUUUCCUAUUCGCGUAUGUCGUCUUCGCGAUCUCGAUCCUCAAUUUCCUGUCAUUGUGCGAAAGCGCCGUGUUCAGCGUGGCCACCGCGACCGUCUCGCUCCCGCUGUCUGGUAUCUGGUGGAGUAUUUACAGGAUGGACGUCGGUUUACACGGGGGUUCCAUCUCCUGGUCACCGGGAGUGACGGGCGAACUGAUCUGCGCCUUGCUCGGUCUUCCUGUCGUGCUGCUCGGUCUGGGCCUGCUCGUCAGAUCGCACUUCAGAGACACCCAUCUUCCCUACCAGACCAUUCAGCCGCCCGACAUCCAACCGCACGAGGCCUGUCACAGAUGAAUCUCUCUUUAGCAUCUAGCCUGGCCUCGCAACGAGGUCCGCACUACGUGCGAUGAUCCACGGAAAUAAAUUCUAAUCGAUUCGAUGAGAUAAGCCGUCGCUCCUAACGUCGAAUCGACGUAACAACACAAAUUUCACUGAGCCGGAGUAAUAAUGUUAUUGUUGUACAUUUGACAGAUAUAUUUUGUCGACUGUUCCCAGAUUGCACCGAUGCUCUUUUCCUUCGAUCGCGAGGUCACUAAGGUAAAAUGAGAUGUUCGAUUCAGCCGCGUAUGUUCUGUCACAUGCUAAAAUACACGUGCAUCAAUAGCAAAUGGUUGAUUUGACGUCAAUUAAUUUUGGUCAUAAUGCAAAGCUUUUUUUUUAAAUAAAGAAUUAAAAAGGAAUUAACUUAAUUUUAUUUAAGGAGAAUAAUUUAUUCUAAAACGAUCUUUUAAUUACAUUUUUUAUUAUAUUAAAUAAUAUUUAUUGUAAACAUAAACGUUAAACGUCAAUAUAAUUUAGUUGAGAUUAAAAUCUUUAUAACGAAAAUUAAAAUAAAACCAAGAUUAGUUGACGUUGUUAAAAAAAAUCAGCCGAAAAAUUUUGAAUGGUGCUAUUGUUUUAAAUGCAAUUUAUGCGCGCGCACGCCUGCAAAAUUCAUUUUUCCGAGAGCUCACAGCGCGCGCACAUUUAUGAUAAGAAAAAGCGGCAAUAUCGAUAACUGCUCAUACGCGAAAAGAAGAAGGGGCGGUGGUCGCGCGAGAAAGGAAGGAGAAUGAAAGCGAUCAAUGUUUCCUACGUAUUUGCCAAACGCGAAUGUCCGCGCCGUUACCGGCGCGCGACAACGUUAUAGCCGAUUUAUAUUUUAUUUUGAUAACGAGAUGUUUUAUAUAUUUUCGAAGUUUAAAUUACACGUGUUGAGAACCGGAGUAGAAAGAUAACGAGGCAAAGGGCUCGAGAAAAUGCAUUUUUAGCUGUGAACCUGUGUGCACAGGAGUUCCUUAAGGGCGUUCUAAUCUCGCUGACUUCCGAACUUUAGUGUCGUUAUUCUCAAAUUUAAAUGUUUUUGAAAUAAAAAGUGGAAGUGAAAUACAUUUGUACGAGGACCAGUUUUAAGAUGAUGCUAAUUAACAAACGUUUUAAUCACUCAAUUAUCUAAGAUAUUAUCUCGAGAAUUUCUUCCAUUUCUGCCUAAAAUAUACAUGUUUUUCUAGAAAUGAACCACUUGCAAAUAACAAAUGACUUUCAAACAAGAUCUAUCUCGUUACGAUACAAUGAAUCUCUACGCUACUAUUCCUAAUACCGCAAUUAUUCAUCUACUUCUAAAUCGGAGAUAUCAAUUUAAUUUAAUUAAUGACACUUCAGGUCCAAUGCCAAUCAAAUAGUUAAUCUCUGUUAAACGUCCCAGUGGAGUUUGCUAAACGAUACUACUGAGAUAUCGCCAAGUAGGAAACGAAUAUAUGUAUAGAAAUUCCCUUGACGAAGUUAAAUCUUGAGAAAUCGAGUCGCAUCGUAAACUUAGCUUCGCACAUCGAGCCCUGUGCACACAGAUGUAUUAUAGACAACACUGCACUUUGUCAAAGACAGAGACUUACAAGAGAACGGUCCGUUACGGCUGCAGUCACGGUUUGCAGCUUCCACGUUGGGAAUAAAGUAAUAAAGUAAUAAGCGAGCGACUGAGAUACGCAUGCGUGCAUGUGUAGGUGAUUUUCCCUCUACUACGUUUCUGCUAACAUUAGACAGUUACUCUAUCAAUAAUUUGAGCGCACAAACUGUUACGAACUAAUUGGGUCCUGGCCGCGCGCGGUUAACUUCGCCCUGCUAUCAACCUGUAAAACUCGUUGCGCGUCCAUGGAAGUUUCCAAAUAACGUUAACCGCCCGUUACGCGCCGUUAGCAAAAAUUUCUGCCAAGGCGUGUCUUCCUCUUCGCUAAUCAUAGUGCCAAUUACGCGUGACUAUAACAUAGGGCACGUCUUUCGUUCAUAAAUAUAAUUGAAAUUGUCUAAGUAUUGAUUUUACAGCAAAGAGAAAAAGUUCGAGAAUUUUUCUACGUGUUACCCUCUUUUUGUCGAUACAAGAUUUUACGUUCAUGGAACGGUCGUCUUAUUUUUCCACAAAUACAUGAUGUCAGUAAAAAUGUUUGAUUUACAUUUUCUCGACUGUCAAAUAACUUCCAUUUUAUUAAUUAGUAUUUCUCUUUAUUUAAAAAAUUAUUCUGAUAAUUUUUUACUUCACUUUUUUCUCGUUUACCUACUUCUGUCUUUUUAACCGCCACACCGCGAUCCGUCGGUUAUCAUAACUUUUUGUGGAACUAACUCUUUACUCCCCGUCUUUAGAACUUUUCCUUCUCCCUGGAGUGAAAUAACCAAAUAAUCAAACUUUUCUGAAAGAACAAAAAGGAAAAUCAAAAGUUCAAAAGCGGCUCAGAGCGAUUUUCACGGAAUGAAAGAAAAAGAAUAUUCGUGCCAAAAACUCACGAGUCACAUACGACUCGACUUAAGCUAAGUAAGUUCCAUACGCAUUUGCAUAGUGGUCGCAUUACUAUUUCGAAUAAUAAUGAUGAUGAUGAUAAGAUAAUAACAAUAGUAAUAACAUAUAAGUGUCGUUAUUUAUGUCAGGUGUCGAAUCGCGAUACGCGGCGUAGCUUGUUGACAGCGAUUAUUGAAUUCAGGCUGUAAGUUAAGUAGACCGUAAGUCAGAAGAAGAUAUUAACUUUGUUGGAAAUAUGUGUCAAUAUCGUAUAUACGGGAAGGAAAACAGCUAUACGUCCACAUUUUUUACAGUAGCAGUAAUGGCGAGGCGUUUUAAGAGAAAGUAAGUAACUAACUAACAGCGCUGACUGAGUGCAACGAUAAUAAAGUUAGUACGCCAUUCUCUCCUUGUUGCAGUCAGUAGCUUCGUCGAUAAAUCGACUACCGCUGAAGGCGCUGAAUGUCAUAGUAGUAGCCCUCGUAAUGAAGUUGAAUAUACUCUCUUGUGCUGUGUCUAACAUAAAUAUAAUUAAUCGAAGGCUCUGGCACAGGAAAAAAUAUCGACCAAAUCAGAUUAUGAACUUUUUUGGCAAAAAGAAAAACUUUGGCAUCUUUUUAUUAUAGCGAAAGUCUGUUACUUUUAAUUUCCAACGAAGUUUUCGUUUUAUUCGUCACGUAACUAUCCAUGUUCCCAAAUUUAGAGAGUAGUUUUCGCGAAAUUUGAAACAAUCUCUUAAUGUGCCAAAGCCUUCAAUUUUAAACAUGUACAAGAACCGUUUCUGUGCGUAUGUACUUUACACAUAUAUAUUUGUUAAUUCUUGAAUGAAUAUGCGGCGUGUAGCAUAGAGAUACAAUUUAUUUAUAGAUGCCAAUAUAUACGUCGCACAAUUAACAUACUCUAUAUACAUAUACAAGAGUUCAGAUAAAGGAAUUGAAGCGCAAUUUGAAAAAUUGCUAGACUCAACGUUCCCCCAUUCGUCCAUAUUCGAUUCUGGUAACGAGACUGAAGCGAAGAUGCGAAACUCGCGUUAUGCAUUUGACUCCCCACAUAACUAAUUGUAAACAUUGAAAUGCAAUAAUUAAAUAAUAUUAACUUCCUCUCGUCAAGACCCCGCACGGAAGUACGCUUAAUCAAUUUUGCGACAAAUAUUACUUUCGAUAUUGACGUAUUCCGUUAUGAUGCGGCGCAACAUUUCGCGUCAGUUUUACCUCCGUCUCCAUGCGUCGAUGUUAAGUAAAAUUUAGACGUAAAAAAUUAGAGACGUUUGUAAGUUAUUUUGAUGUAAAUUGGGAUUGUUGAUCUUUUCAAUAAUGCGUACCUGUGCUUUACACAUGCAUAAGUAAUAAUGCUUCUGAUUAAUCCGUUGCCAAUGUCUAUGAGCUACGAAAAUGCUCAUGUCAUAGCUUUUUUUAUACGACGAAAGAUGUAAAACAAAAGAACUCUCUUUCCUAGAAAGACAAGAGAUGUGGAUAUUUAUUAUAAAGCAACGUAUGAAGAAAUCACUUUAAUAGUAGUGAUAAUGUACUUUAAUCUUUAUUUAUUAUAACAUUUUAUCAAAUUAUGAAUUUCCGUAAUUCUUUUUUUCAUGCCUUGAGAAUUUUCGUGAUCAAUAAUACAAAAAUGUUACACAAAGCGUUACUAAAUUAAGAAAAUUAAGAAGUGGAAUAGCAAAGUUUUCUUCGAUGAUGUCAGAAUGACAGUAGAUGAUUGUACCUCUACUGCAUUCCCUUCAGAUAUCGACGCUUUAAAGUGAUUUUAUUAAUAAUCUAAUUAUAUAAUGGGUGUCUUUCCGAUAAUGCAUUGCGCAAAGUUCUGAUUGUAAAACCUUCAGAGAAAAUACGCGCGUAUUAUUUUUAGAAAAAACAAAGAAUGUGGCCAUUAAUGGCAAUUAACAGAUAAUUUCUCGAACACGAAAAUGAAUAUUGUAAGUUGUAAGCAAUAGACUAGUUAUUUCUACACAAUGAUUCCGUCGUCGGCUGUUAUGAACAUGUUAAUAUUCGCGAAAACGCGGAAUCUAACAUUGCAUUAUUUGUAUAUGAUGACUGUUAUCAUCUUCUGCGGCUUUAUCGAAGCACCUGUAGAUGUAAUCGCAAUAAUCGCGGUCGAGACGUUGUAAAUUGUCGAAAAUAAUAUACGCUACUUGUCGUCCGAUAUUUCGCUUGAAAUUUGUUAACGACGCACGUCACGUCGCGUCGCGUAAUUUUGUGGGAGGUAAUAUACAAAAACGAGAAGCUUCGCUCAAAAUUUGUGAUGCCGUCUCCAUAUAUCGCUGUUGUGAGCGCUUCCGGUCGUGGAUAUGAUAUAUUAAAUGUGCUAAUAUACAUAUAUACAUAUAUAUAUAUACAUAUGUAUUUACUUAUAUAAAAAGUUAUUGUUAUAUCUUUUUUCCCACCCGAAAAAUUCAGUUACAAUUAACUUCAUCAAUGUCAGCUAACAAUAAAUUGGUUAACUAAAUCUUUCUCUGUUUGCGUUACAAUUAGCACACUGUAAAAGAAUGUAAAAUUAUAAAUGCAAAAAUGGUAAAAU